AUGUGGGACUUGUACCGGGCCUAAUGGCACGCAACUCUUUUUUUGCAAGGCCAAGUGAAUAAUAGGCCGGGGGCUCUCAUUUAGUCAAUUCGAAAGAGCUAGGCUACAUUUUUCUGGUAGAUACCGGUAAUUUAUACGCAAAAUUUACCUGAAAUUUUUCUGCAUCACUCCUGAAUCUCUUCAAAUCGAAUUUUGCACCAGCUCCGAGUUGGCGAAAGACAUCCAUGCCGCACGCAGAGACUGUCGGCGACUGUACAAAGUGAACCUGACGGGCCGGCUAACUGUUGAAGUUGCGCUUGGGUACAGUGCCAUGCAUGCUGCGUUGUCGACGGGACGGUCCGGUUAGCGCUAGCUCGGCCGGCAUGCCGGUCCGCUCAGCGCGCUCUCCCUCGCUAGAUCUGAGACUGUGAUCUUCAUCCUGGCACGCAUACCGUACUGAGACUGACUCACUGAGUCAGAGAAUCUACCCCAUAAAAUUGAAGUAGAUAAAUAGAAAGCCGGAUACUACCUACUCAGAUUCCAGUACAAAACCAGUAGAAAUGGCAGGAGCAGCAGAAGCAGGCACGCGGGACAGAGCUAACUAUCCCCUGGAAGUUAGUUAUUGUGGAUUGUGUUCAUUGCCUUUUGAAUACUGCGAGUACAUGUCAGACUACGAGAAAUGCAAGAAAUGGUGGGAGGAUAAUUUCCCCGACAUCUUCGAGCAAGUAAUGAAGGUUACCGAUGGCGAUGCAACGGAAACCGAUGAAGCCAAGAAACGUCAAAAAAGGGGUGGACGAGGUGUGAUCAAAGCAAAGAAGCAGGUUGAAAAAUCUAAAAUCACAGUUGGCAGAGUAUCAAGAAAUAAGAAGAAAUUUGUCACCGUUGUCAGAGGCUUAGAGACGCAUGGUGUCUCAUUAAAAGAUGCUGCUAAACUCUUUGGGAGGCAUUUCUCCUGCGGGUCAUCCGUGUCUGGAGAGGAAAUAGUUAUACAGGGCGACUUCGUGGAUGCCGUCAUUGACCUUAUAGCCGAAAAAUAUCCAGAGAUUGAUGAAGAUGACAUUGAAUAUCAGAAGAGAUGAUAGCUUUGACACCACAUCUAAUGGAGAGGAAAGGAGGUAGUCGACUAAAAGAAAAUGCUGAUCUUUCAUGGACUUUGUACAAUAUAAAAUAUUGUUCAUAUGGAUGAUAAAACACCAAGGAAGGAAAAAAAAAUGCACAGAUAAUCUCAUAUGUGUGACUUAAAUAUAAUAUGAUUUCUCUGCCAGGGAUGACAAUGUAACACUCCCAAAUGACCCCCCCUCCGUAGGGUUAUGUUGUAUUGUUCGAUGAUGCUUGAGUAUAGUUCAAAUUUCUGUCCUUUUACCAAUGAAAGCUAAAGACAAGCUUUAAUGUCAAUGUUCCACAGCUGCCAUUCUUAGAGCCAGGCAGGAUGUCUCCAUCAUGUUACCCUUCAACAGUUCUUCCUUUUGCUGCCUAUUUCAUUACUUUGUUUGCAAAAUGUUUCAGAGGUGUUUUGUGUGCUGUGUCUGAACAGGCAUUCAUACCAGCAUUGUCAAUGAUACAUUCGCUGGUACAUGUAUGUAAAAACAAACUUGUUUUGAUAUAAUGCAAUGUAGUUUUGGGGAGAUAUAUAUAACAUAUUUUGAAUCUCUCCAUAUUUCUAUAUAAAAUACAGAAAUAAUUGAUAAACCAAAGUGGGUUUGUAAAUUGCUGUUAAUUGCAUAAGCAAAAUUUGAAAUGUGCAACAUAAUUGUACUUCAUAUGCCAACUGUCACUAUUUAAUAAGAAUAUUCUGAUUUUUUCUUGAAUUUUACGACCCCCUUAAAUUGAAAUGGUUUAGUUUUAUUUCAUAUUUGAGUAAAUCAUUACAUAUCAAGUCAAUUACACCUAAAUUCAGGGGUUUUGGGUCAUAUUUACCAUGGAUAUGCUUUAUGUAUUGAAUGAUUUGAGUACUAAGUUGUAUGUCUUUCUUGGAAUCAGUGUUAAAUGUUGAUCAGUAGAUGUUUAGCAAUGAGUAUUAUACAAAUAUUUAGAAAGUAAUUUGUUGCGUCCCCUCUUUUACUGCAUCAUUUCUUUGUGUACUAUAGAUCUAGUCGUCUUUAUUAUUAGCUUUCUGAUCGGGAAGGGGAACGCUUUAACGAAAAGAAAAUUCAGGCAAGUCUGCCUCAUUUGUAUCUCUUGGCCACAAAUUUGUUUCCAACUAAAGGUGAUAUUUGACUUCAAAGAGGUCAACAAAAUAUCUUGCUGAUCUGGUCCAGAAAACUGCUUCUACUCAGAAUAUGACUCAUGCAGACUUGACUGAAAUUAUGUAAGAACCAUCCAUGUUGCCACACAUUACAAACACAUACACACUGUCCCGUGACCCUUCCAAUAGUUGUAAGGGUUUUUUUUAAUGUCAAUCUGUGAGAUCACUCUUUGUGCUUGAUUGACUCUAGAUUAACUUUUCCUUCAACUUGGCCAUAUGAAUUACCUAUCCAUUAUGUCAUGUUAUGAAAUUGUACCAUGAGUUUGGAUUUCAAAUUCUACAUUUAUUUAUUUUCCUUGUAAAGGAGAGCAAAUAAAAUAAACCAGAAGUCAUGGA